AUGUGUGUCACUGCAUUUGAGUACGAACCUUAUGAAUGGAUCGGUAAGACUGUCAGGUUGUCGGAUUACGAUAUUAAGGUAAGAUUUUUGGUAUUCCUAUUAUUCUAACUUAUUUUUAAUGGUUAUAAUAUUUAGAAUGUAAGGAUAAUUUAGUACUUUGCGGCAGUAUACGCAAGAGAGUUGAGUACAAAUGAAGAAUUGAGCAUUGACACAAAAUCGACCACGGAAUAUGUUGUAGAUCAAAUUCACGAUAGUAGAGAGAUUAUUUUAGCACAAGUACCACGUAACUACAAGUAUCGUAUGAUAUGUUUGUGCGUUACUGUGGUAAGUUUUAUUUAUUAUUCAAGGCAAGUGAUUUUGACAUGAAAAAUCUUCUGUUGGAAGCGAGGGCCGGCAAAAAAAUGUUUUGCAUAGUAACAGUGGUUUAAUGGUGACAUUUCCUAGAGUAUUUAGAUUAAUCUUUGGCUUUUUUAAAUACUUAAACGUAAUUAUCAACUUCAGCAUCCAAAACGCCAAGUGCAUCGUCGAGAAAGGAAGACAGUUUUUAUAGUGACGCCUAAUGAUUACAAAGAAUACAUUUUUAUUAACCGGAACAAACUUGAGAGCUGUAAAAUACCAGAAAGUAAGUGCUUUUGCUGAUGAAUUUUAAAUUUUUGUUUUAAAUUUAAUAGUGCACAAUGUUUUCUUGCUCGAAUAUUUUUUUUAUAAUGUUUUUGAUAUAAUUGAUUUGAUAUAAAUUUCACAAAAAAAAUUAAAAUUUGGUCUUAUGUUUAUUGUUGUUACUACUUCAGGAAAGAAUGGCACAUUUAUGUUGUUCUAA